AUGGGUGUAUUAACUGGAUUUGGUGUUUGGAUCAAUCAGAACACUCAACAGCCUCUUAAGGCCGAGUCCACGAGAUCUGAGAAUGUUAAAUCUACCUCAAAGUCAGAGAAAGAUAGCAAUAAUCAAGAACUAUACUAUGACAAAGAUGAGCAGCUGAGGCAAGGUAAACUAUGGAAAGAUGCAGAGAAGAAGCAUCCCUGGUAUGACGCUCCUCCUAGAGUUAAGGUGGCUACGAAAAAUGGUAUUUGCCAUAUGAGUAUAGAAUUGACAAUGGGAUAUCCCCCUGAAACCGUCUACGAACUUUUCACUAAUCCAAAUAACGGAAAAUUCUUCGAUAUGGACAUGUUUGGGCGCCAACUUCUGGAAAACAAAUCAAGAAAGGUUUUGAAGAAGGAUGGACCGAGGGAGAUUGCAGAGACAAAGAAAGCUGUGGCCAUGAACUUCCUCUGGUGGUCUGGAUCUAUCCCGAUAACACUAAUUGUCGACGAAAACAAAAAAGAUCUCACAGCAAAAUAUAAGAAAGAGAAAAUGAUGUUCAUGAAAGUGUUUGAGGGUAGCUACAAAGUGGAGCCACUAUACGUGGAUUCAGAACGCUUGUGCAUGCACAUGAAGCCUAAAAGUAAAGAAGAAUACAGAAAAUGUAGCGGUGGACAAGGAAAGAUUGCAUCGAAAGUGAUAAUGGACCAAUACUUUCAGCCUUCUUUUCCUUUUAAUCUGCCACCAAUUUCUUGUUAUAUUCGAGAGACCACCAUCAAUACCACCAAAACUCUGCUCCAAAUGCUUCAGUUUACGGGUGCGACGAUGCGAGGGGUUUAG